AUGGCAGUGGCUAGAAGAUCUUUGCAUAUUAGAUUGCCUCCUCUACCAACCAUCAAAGAUGUUAUCAGACUGUACAAACUGAGGGCUCUCAGAGAACUUUCUCAAAAUUUUCUCAUGGAACCAAGGUUAAUUGACAAAAUAGUGCGUGCUGCUGGUAAUAUUGAAAAUAAUGUGGUUGUUGAAGUGGGUCCAGGGCCAGGAGGUAUUACAAGGUCUAUAAUUCGUCGAGCUCCUCGGAAAGUGAUUGUCGUAGAAAAGGAUCGACGGUUUAUUCCAUCUUUAGAAUUGUUAGCUGAUGCCUGCAAAGACAGGGUUGAGAUGGACAUCAUAACUGGGGAUAUUUUAAAAACAGACCUUACACCAUUUAUUCCGGCUGAUACUAAAGCAGACUGGUUGGAUCCACCUCCACCUAUCAACCUAAUUGGCAAUUUACCAUUCAGUGUAUCAACAAUAUUAAUUAUUCGUUGGCUGGAAAUGAUUUCAAAACAUGAGGGACCCUGGUCAUUCGGUCGUGCUCGGAUGACACUGACAUUUCAGAAAGAAGUAGCAGAGAGAAUGGCGGCCCGAAUUUUAGACAAACAGAGAUGCAGGCUUUCAGUUAUGUGCCAGAGUUGGUGCACCAUUAAAUACAAGUUCGAUAUUCCCGGAUCAGCAUUUUUGCCAAAGCCAGAAGUAGAUGUGGGUGUUGUCACACUCACACCUUUAAAAACCCCCAUUAUAAAGUUGCCAUUCAAACUGGUUGAGAAAGUGGUUCGUCAGAUAUUUUCGAUGAGACAAAAAUAUUCAAUCCGGGGUGCACAAACCUUGUUUCCAGAGGAUGUCAGAGAAGAAAUGGCCUUGAGAAUGUAUGAAAUGGCUGACAUUGAUCCUGUGACUAGACCAUAUCAAAUAGCUAAUAUGGAAUUUGCAAGAAUAUGCGAAGCUUACAGUGAGAUCAUAAAAAGGUACCCGGAGUUCGAAAAUUACGAUUAUAGAGCUCCAAAGAACAAAUUUGUUGAGAUUGUAGAGGAGAAACAAGAGGAAAUGUAGUUUUUUUGGUGUAAAUAAUUAUAGAGUACAGUUUAUGUUAAAUAAAUAAAAUAAUUAUGUAAUUAAAA